GGCUCAGUUACGGUACUCAGUGCUCGAAUUGAAUGUUGGAACAUGGCCAGUACACCGGAAUGGACUCAUUCGUUACCAACUGCGCUCUUCGACGGAUUGCUACCCAAGCUCGCUACAGUGCUUGAGCUCACCCAAAAAGCAGAAGGGACAGCAACUCCUGUAGCCAAACAAGCACUGCUACAUGCGACGAAUGAUUUCAAAUAUGCACUUGCUCAGGCGAAAGAUUAUGCAAGCACACUUGCUGGAGGUGACCUGUUAGUCGAGGAACAGGACAGUGUAGUUGCGAUGCUCGAGAUGCUGAAACAGCACAAGCAGCAGCAAUUAAUGCAAGUUGGAUCGGAGGUCGGGUCUUUGUCUACCAUAGCAAUCCCCAAUGUCAGUUCAAAGAUGGAGAUUGAUUCUACCGCUUCCACCCCAUUUGCCUCUGGUGGUCAAUUCUGAUACUCGGGAAGCGCCGAUUUUGUUGGCAGCAAACUUCGCUUGCCUCUGUUGCACGCACGGACGACGGACGUCGUGUCUUCUUUAGUAUUGGACGACAGCCACACGGCACUUCUCGCAUUUCGCGCGCGUCGGUGCGAACGGUUACUAAGUCUACUCAUCAGUGAACUAGUAGAUAAGUUAGGAUGACAUAUGAUGGUAUUAUAUGGUAAACGAUUGUCACACAGAAUUUCAGGUUAGACCUGCGUCGAUCAUGUACAGUCGCUCUUCAAUCGAUAUGCCAAGGAAGUUUUUGCUCGUGACUUUAUCCGAAGAGGUCACCCCGGACAAGUGGUACAGUUUCC